UAUAAAUAUAUAUAUAUAUUUAUAUACAUACCGUUGAAGCAAAUAUAGAUCAUGGCGUCGCAUCAAUAUCAUCAAAUCGCAAAUUUACUGGAAAAAAUGACAUCCACGGACAAGGACUUUCGAUUCAUGGCAACAAAUGAUUUAAUGACGGAACUGCAAAAGGACAGUAUUAUACUGGACGAUGAGUCGGAGAAAAAGGUGGUUCGUAUGGUGCUUAAAUUAUUGGAGGAUAAAAACGGUGAAGUGCAGAAUUUGGCUGUGAAAUGUCUCGGCCCUUUGGUCAAUAAAGUAAAAGAGAAUCAAGUGGAGACAAUUGUCGACUCGCUAUGUGGCAACAUGAUGUCCAAUGUGGAGCAGCUGCGUGAUAUCUCAAGCAUCGGCCUAAAAACUGUCAUUGCCGAACUACCACAAUCUUCCAAUUCGCUGGCCCCCAAUGUAUGCCAGCGUAUAACUGGGAAACUAAGUAUUGCAAUUGAAAAGGAGGAUGUUUCAGUUAAAUUGGAAUCGCUGGACAUAUUGUCGGAUUUGCUUUCACGCUUUGGAGAGUUUUUGGUGCCCUUUCAUAGCACCAUAUUGAAGGCUCUAAUGCCACAGCUGGCUUCGCCUCGACAAGCUGUACGCAAACGCACAAUUGUUGCGCUCUCUGUGCUUUUGAUACAAGCAAAUAGCAAUGCUUACAACGGAGUUGUUGAUCAUUUACUGGAGGGUCUGGAGAACCCACAAAACCCUGGAGCUGUGCGCACUUAUAUACAAUGCUUGGCGUCUAUUUGUCGUCAGGCUGGUCAUCGGUUGUGCAAUCAUAUUGACCGUUCGAUGCUCUUAUUAAAGCAAUAUAGUCAACGAGAUGAUGAUGAGCUACGCGAGUUUUGUCUGCAAGCCUGUGAGGCAUUUGUGCUGCGUUGUCCAGACGCCAUAAAUCCACAUAUUCCUAUGAUACUCGAAUUGUGUCUGAAGUACGUUACAUACGAUCCCAACUACAAUUAUGAGGCCGAUGACGGUGACACAGGCAUUGCCAUGGACACCGAAGAGGAUGAAUAUGUAGACAGCGAGGAGUACAGCGAUGAUGAUGAUAUGAGCUGGAAAGUUCGACGUGCUGCUGCUAAAUGUCUUGAAGUUUUGAUUGCUACACGCCAGGAAUUACUUGAGGAAUUCUAUCGUACGCUGAGUCCAGCAUUAAUAGCACGGUUUAAGGAACGUGAGGAGAAUGUUAAAUCUGAUAUAUUUCAUGCAUAUGUCGCACUGUUGCGUAACACACGUCCUGCAGAUGAUAUUGCACAUGAUCCUGACUCCAUGGAUCAGAUUUCUGGACCGACUCUACUGCUAAUCGAACAGCUGCCGCAGAUAAUUAAAGCCAUACAACCGUUGAUGCGAGAGAAAUCGAUGAAAACACGUCAGGAUUGUUUCCUUUUGUUGCGCGAACUUUUGAACAGUCUACCAGGUGCACUUGGUCCCCAUUUAGAAAGCAUUGUACCAGGCAUUAGCUAUUCGCUGAACGACAAGAGUUCAACGAGCAACAUGAAAAUCGAGUCUCUGGGCUUCCUUUGCUCUUUACUGCAGGGUCAUCAACCACAUGUAUUUCAUCCGCACAUUUCGUUGUUGGUGCCUCUGGUGGUAACAUCGGUGUUCGAUCCGUUUUACAAAAUUGCCACCGAGGCGCUUUUGGUGCUGCAGCAGUUGGUCAAAGUGGUUCGUCCAUUGGGCGUCAAUGCAGUCAAGUCUGAUUUCGAUGUUACGCCCUUUGUGGGGCAGGUAUACGCAUGCACCUUGCAGAAGCUGAAGGUCACUGAUGUCGAUCAGGAGGUAAAGGAACGCGCUAUCGCUUGCAUGGGUCAAAUCAUUGCCAAUAUGGGUGAUCUGCUAAAGAGCGAAUUAGAUGUGUGUCUGCCCAUAUUUAUGGAACGUUUAAAAAACGAAGUCACACGAUUAAGCAGCGUUAAAGCUUUAACAAUGAUUGCAGCUUCUCCAUUGCGCAUCGACCUCUCACCUAUUCUUCACGACGUGCUCCCCACUCUGGGCACCUUCCUACGCAAAAACCAUCGUGCUUUGAAGCUGCACUCUUUGGAUCUUAUCAAUAAGAUUGUCAUCAACUACUCGUCAAACUUUGAGCCAAGUGUUUUGCAGUCCGCCAUUGUCGAAAUACCAGGACUUAUCUCCGAUUCCGAUCUGCAUGUGGCUCAAUACUCACUCACUCUACUAAGUACAACGGCUCGUCGUCAGCCACAAGCUUUGGUUGGAAUACAUGAGAAGUUUUUGCCAUCGGUGUUAAUUUUAGUCCGUUCGCCUUUGUUGCAGGGCACAGCUUUGCAAUGUACUUUGGACCUAUUCCAAGCUCUGGUACAGGCACAACUCUCUGGUUUAGACUACCAUUCGCUCGUGUCUAAGCUAAUGGAGCCCGUUCUAAAGGGCAGCGAUCCGGCAUCCAGGAAUCCUAAUGAACAGCUGCAGCUGCACAAACAGGCAUAUCAUUCAUCGGCCAAGUGCAUUGCUGCUCUGACACAGCAGUGUCCGCAGGUGGCGACUCCAUUGGCAACCCAGCUGAUGUCUGAGCUGCAGAAGCGUAGCAACAAGGACACACAGAUCAUAUUCUGCUUGCUGACAAUUGGGGAAAUCGGCAGACAUUUUGAUUUGAGCUCCAUUCAAGUGCUGCCACAGACAAUCAUUGAAUGCUUUGGUGCCACAUCCGAGGAUGUGAAAGCGGCAGCCUCGCAUGCUCUGGGCGCCGUCUCUGUGGGUAGCUUGCAAACAUAUUUGCCAUUAAUUUUGAAAGAGAUCGAGGCACAGCCCAAGCGACAAUAUUUAUUGCUCCACUCAUUGAAAGAGGUAAUUUCCUCGCUCUCUGUUACGCCUAACGGUCUAGCUCAGCUGCUGCCAUCAGUGCCUUCGAUUUGGGCUCAAUUGUUCAAGCAUUGUGAGUGCUCAGAAGAAGGGUCCCGAAACGUGGUGGCGGAAUGCUUGGGAAAACUUGUGCUCGUCAAUCCGGAGGAGCUGCUACCUCAAUUGCAGCAAGCUCUCCGAUCAGAUAGCGCAACAAUGCGCACCGUUGUAGUUUCCUCCGUUAAAUUCACCAUAUCCGACCAGCCGCAGCCAAUUGACUUGCUGCUGAAGCAAAAUAUCGGUGAAUUUCUAUUCGCACUUCGCGAUCCGGAUCCGCAAGUACGUCGCGUCGCUCUAGUCGCUUUCAAUUCGGCUGUUCACAAUAAGCCGAGCUUAGUUCGAGAUUUACUGCCCACACUUUUACCUUGGCUGUAUUCCGAGACGAAGGUUAAAAGUGAGCUUAUACGUGAAGUCGAAAUGGGUCCAUUUAAGCACACUGUAGAUGAUGGAUUGGAUAUACGAAAAGCGGCAUUCGAAUGCAUGUAUACACUCCUUGAGCAGGGAUUGGAUCGUGUGGACGUUAUGCAGUUCAUGGAUCACGUUCAGGCUGGCCUAUGUGAUCAUUAUGAUAUUAAAAUGCUGACGUACCUCAUGACAGCGCGCCUGGCUGUUUUGUGUCCCGAUAAGGUUUUGCUACGACUUGAUCAAUUCGUUCAACAGUUACGCGACACUUGCACCCACAAAGUAAAGGCCAAUUCGGUGAAGCAAGAGUACGAGAAACAAGACGAACUAAAGCGCUCUGCUCUACGAGCGGUAUCUGCGCUGUCACAAAUACCCAAAGCAAAUAAAAAUCAGCAGUUACUAGACUUUUUAAAGUCAAUUAAGGAAACUCCGGAACUGUGUAAAAUCUACGAUUAUGUGCAGAAGGAUUCCAUUACUGGCAAUUCAGACAUUGCCAUGGACCAGACUUAAAUAUUGUGUUUUUAUAGCGCGCUGUUCUAUGAAUAUUAUAAUUUUAUUGAUAAAUAAUGUAAUAAGCAUUUGUGAACACAAAACUUGUAUCGACUAUAUCUGAUACAGCCAUUAGUUUUUUUUAACUAAGCAAUAAAAUCGAUUUGUAAUACUGC